CUGAUUUAAAAAUAGGAAAAAAAAAUGUGAUCCUCGAUUAGGUCGUUGUAGAGAAAGAAUUUCGUUAAGAGCAAAGCUUUUCGGACUUGUCAAUGCAAUUUAUUGUGAUAAUAAAGUGGUAAAUCAAUUGGGUAUUUUUUGUAAUUAGUAAUUUUAGCAAAAUUAAUUUGGAGCUGCUACAAUGGCUAUGUCUGUGAAGAAUAUGUACAUUAUUAUAGUAACUCUUGGUGUUCUCUCAUUUAUAUUUGGGGUUAUUGCUGAGCAUAAAAAGCCAGCAAAUGGUACUGCAAUACUAGGAAAAGGGGUUGUUAUUUGUAAAUAUCGAUCUGAUCACACUGUUGCACUGGGCUUAUUGUCUUUUAUCUUUCUUGCUGCAUCUGGUGUGUUUGGCUUUUCGUCAUUGUUUUACCCAUAUAAGGGGAAGUCAAUUCCUCAGGCUGUUCUGCUGAGAAGCACUAGUUUCGUCGUAUUCCUCAAUGUUGCUUUGGGUAUAACUGGCUUAGCAGCAGUGCUGUUGUUGUGGCCUACAAUCAGUGAGCAACUUCAUAUCCCGCGUAACAUACACCACAACCUGAACACAGAGUGUCCAACUGCCAAGACUGGUCUUCUCGGUGGCGGUGCCUUCUUGUCUCUUGACUCUUCGCUCUUCUGGUUGGUUUGCUUGAUGCUGGCUAAUAAUGCUCGAGACGAUUACUUUGAAGAUGCAGCAGAUCGAGGAUGCAGUAAACGAUGAAGAAGAUGUAGUGCCUGAGAUGUGUGUUAUGUCUUUCACUCACUUGCUUCCUUUUUUCUGAUUCAAAAGGGCAAACUUUUUAAUUGAUCUGUUUGAGCUGAUGUUGUGUGUAUUAACCAUCUAGGAAGUCAAAAAUGAAUGUAAAAGAAGAUGGAAACACACGAACUUUUAUGACACAGUAACAUAACAAAUACAUAUUUUGAGGCGGA